AUGACGAGCAUCGUUACAUACAGCCCGGUCUCGUGUUCCACACGACUCCAUUUCACCCACAAUUACAACACGACGCCACCACCACUUACCUUAUCGCUCAAAGGCCAUUCCACUGCGCAAAAUCUCAAAGUGGGUUACCAGAAUACAAGCAGUAGAAGAGUUUCGGUGGUUACACGGGCGGGACCCAGCACCAGCAGCUACAUCUUCGCCUUUGUCUUGCCCCUCUCUCUCUUGGCAGUCACCGUCGUCACUUCUAUAAGAAUUGCUGACAAGCUGGACCAGAAGUUCCUCGAAGAGGUUGCAAUAAACCAAGCUAUACUAGAAGCAGAAGAGGAUGAGGAUGAAGUUAACAUUCCUUCAGAAAACGAACCUGUACCACCACGCAUCCGCAAUCGGCCCAAACGAGAAGUUGAGCCUUCAUCUACGUAA